AUGGGUGCUUCUAUUUUUAAUGAAAUUAUUUGUGACUCUCAAAACAAUUUCUUCUCAGUAGAAGGUGGGGUUCUGUACAAUAAAGCUAAAACAUCAAUCAUAUUAUGCUUCCAAAAAAACUUUACCUCUUUUAUUAUGCCAGAAACAGUUGAAACAAUGAGCAAAGCUGUUUUUGCUGAUCAUUCUAUAGAAAAUAUUACUUUUAAUUCAAAACUCAGAACUAUUCUCGAUUCUUCAUUUGAAAGAUCACAUGUUAUUAAUGUUACUAUUCCAGAUUCAGUGAUAAAAAUUGGAGAUAAUGCAUUUUCUCAAUGCAGAUAUCUCAAUACUGUUGUUAUUGGAAAAGGAAUCACAAUUAUUCCAAUGAGAUGCUUUGUUAGUUCUAGUAUUUCGAAUAUUACUUUUAAUGACAAGAUUACAACUAUCAAAAAUGGAGCAUUUUAUCAAUGCGGUAAUUUAAAAUAUAUGAAACUUCCUAAAAGUCUAAAAUGGAUUGAAGGAAAUUGUUUCCCAUUUGAUGUUUUUCUUGAUUUUCCAGAAGAAGCUCCAUUUUCUUUUGAUAAUCAAAGUUUAUUAUACGAUGGUAACAAAACAAUCAUUUAUAUGCGUUUCAGUGAACUUGAACACUAUGACAUCCCAUCUACAGUUUCUGUUAUUUCAAAUGAUUUGUUUAAAGAUCUUUUGAAACUGAAAACUAUAAAUUUCACAUCGAACUCUAGUUUAACCACGAUUCGAGAUGCAGCUUUUUGGGGAUGCCUCAAUCUUGAAAGUAUUGAUUUUCCAAAUAAACUAACAUAUAUUGCAAAUUAUGCAUUCAGAGCAUGCGCUUCAAUUAAAACUAUUUAUUUCCCAGAUUCUUUAGAAACUAUUAGUGUUUAUGGAUUUCAAUAUUGCAAUCAAUUAAAGGAAGUUCGUUUUGGAAGAAAUAUCAAAUCAAUUGGUAUUGCAUUUUAUGCAUGUGGAAAAUUAGAAACCGUGAUCUUCGAAGGAUCAAAUAGAACAGGUUUAGGGGGUAACUCUUUUAUUUAUUGUUCAAAAUUGAAAACAAUUAUUUUAAGAAAUAUCACUGUGAUCAGUAAUAAUUGUUUUUUAGGUUGUACUUCAUUGCAAACAAUAGAGAUUCCUGAUACGAUUCAAAGUAUAGGUUCAAAUAUAUUUAGAAAUUCAGGUAUCGAAAAUAUCACAUUUUUAGGAAAUCCUUCAAUAUCUAUUAUUCCUUCUCAAGCUUUUAACGGAGCGACAAAACUUCGAUAUAUUAAUUUGCCUAAUUCGAUCCGAGAAAUUGGAACAAAUGCGUUCGACUCUACAAAUAUAACAACAUUCACAGUUCCACAUGAUACAGAAUUAAUCUCAGAUUAUGCAUUCAAAAACUGCAUGAAUCUUGAUACAUUCAUCAUUGGCGAAAACAGUUCAUUCGCAUCACUUGGUUACUUUGUUUUCGAAGGAUGUACAUCACUCCGCCAGUUUGUUUGCAAUGACAGCAUGUACUUCACAGUAGAUAACUACGCUCUUUUCGACAAGAAUAAAACAAUAAUCGUCUGCUUCCCUCCUGCAUCUCCAUGCAAAUUCUUCUACGUCCCAUCCACUAUUCGUAAUAUCUCAGCCGGUGCAUUCCUUGGCUGCAGGAAAAUUGUCAACAUCCUCAUUCCAGAUAACUCAGUUGAAACUAUCUAUCGCUAUGCAUUUGCAGACUGUACAUCUCUUACUCACAUCAACAUCCUUAUUUGUGUUAAAACUAUUCAAACACAUGCAUUUUAUAACUGCAUUGGCCUCACAUGUGGCAUUAACAUUGAGAAUAAUACAGAAUCAUUCCUUGAACAUCUUUAUAAAGAUUGUCAUCUUAAUAGAGAUUGCAUCAAAGCAUGUAGCAUCAUUACAUGCAAAAAAUCCGAACACUACCGAUAUUUCAUAUCCUUCUUUGUAUUCACUCUUAGCAAAGGUAGUGAACUUGGUUUAUUUUAA